CAGAGUUCCUAUAUCCACCUCUUGCCUCCAUCAUCAGAUCAGCUCGAUGGUACCAUAAUAUUGUAUUGUCACCCGACUUACAUAUGUAUGCAAAUUUUCAGCUCAAUCGGAAACCGGGAAGUGGAUCUAAUUUAACUUGCAAGAUUUGAUUACAAACAGACAACGGUCAGGUGAAAGUCAAUAAAAGCUUGUAAUAAAAGCGGGUUAAAAUGAAUUGUACUUUUAUGUAUUUAUUGUUUUUAUAUUGUACACCAUAGAUAUAGAUAGCUAAAUAAUAUUUUUUGUAUCGAAUUGGAUUGGGCUACUAUAUGGAAUUUGUGCCUGAAUUAAAUGAUUUCAAUUCAAUAACACAUUAUUGCGUCAGGGGUAUGAUGAAGUUGCUUGAUACCGGUUGUUUUUUGACGGUGAUACGGAACCCUAAUAAUUUGACUACCGAUUAGUGCCACUUACGCACGUGUCAGAUAAUGUUCGGACCCUUGGGAACGGACCUUAUCACCCGCUAUCACUUACUGUACAAAUGUCCAAAUUGUGCAACAGAAUUAGACAAAGGUUGUGUUAAGGCCCCUACCUACCCACCUACCUACGUUCCUAGGUUCCUACCUACGUUCGUGUCCUUCUCUCACUCUCUCUGAGCGCAAGCGAGAGCGAGAUGGACGUGCGUGCUCGCGACCGCGGAUAUCAUGUUUUUGUAUUUUAAUUUGUUGUAAGUUAUAGCAAAAAAACAUUGUCGAUGAGUUCCCUCAGAAAUAAAAUUGCGCAGUUUUAACCAACCUUUUGUGCAUAAAUUGUUACAAAUGGCGAAACUAUAAGGGUUCCUAGUUGACUACGGAACCCUAAAAAUCAAGAUUCGAAUCGAUGGAGUCACUAGAUAAAUACUCAAGAUUGCAAAUUAUUUUUUUUGCAACCGUAUUGCGAUCUAAAAAGACGGUUUGAUUUUUCAAAAACUCCGCACUUUGAACCUACGGCACCGAAAGGUUUGCGAUAAUAAGUACCCGGGCAAUAACCGCGAAAAUCGAAGUUUGUUAAUUGCGGGCAUUUCUCUCUGUCACUCCAAAGAGAGAGUAAAUGAGAAAGAUACCCACAAUUUGCGAAUUUCGAUUUUCGCGGUGGGCCCCCUGGUUUGCCAUAUUAACUGACAAAAGACGAUAGAAAGGCCUUUCAGCAACAUUUGUUGCAAACUUCGCUUGUCAGAGCUGCGGAAGACCAUGUUGGUGUCGCAUCGGUCUAUUGCGUUACUAAAUACGGCUUUUCCUCAGUGUUACACCACAAAGUCUGCAAUAGACGAAAGGGUCAAUGCUGAUGAUGAUUUCUAGAAAAUAACUAUUAAAACUUGUUAGUUCGCCCCGAACUUAAAACUCGCGGUUCGCCAAAAGAUAGGUCAAUUGAAUGCAAUACUUUAAUAGUCGGCAAUUUGAAAUCGAGCAUUUUCUCUCAAAAACCAUCAAUUUGAUGAAGUUGAUCUGAUGAUGAUGAUAUUUUUUUUUUAUGAUAAUGAUGAUGAUUUUUUUUAAUGUAGUAUGUUCACCGAUUACUCCGACACCCGUGGUCCGAUUUGAGUAAUUAUUUUUUUGUUUGAAAGGAGUUACCUCCAAGGUGGUCCCAUAAUAUUUUUGGUUCUAAUCUAAUGAUGGAAUCCACAAGGAAUUGAGGGAACUCCUCAAUUUUUAAAGGCACAUGUUUGGUGAUUUGACUGUAUUCUUAAGCAACUCAAGCAUUUCCUCUCGAAAACUACCAAUUUGAUGUACUGCAACUGUAGCCUUACCACGAGUUUGACUCUACAUAUUAGCUGACGUGUUCGUAACUUGCUUUCUAUACAUCUCACUCGCACUAAUAGGAUGCCAGUUUGAGCGAGACGCAUAGAAAGUAAGUUACGCAAUCGAAUAUGUCAGUGUGAAACUCGUGGUAAGGCUAAUUGGUAACUCCGCAAUCCGCAAUAAUAUAUUCUUGGCAAGAGGAUAAAGUCCUAUUUUCUCGUCAGUUACAACCUCUUCAAAUUCUCUAUUGUUCUCUAUUAAACAACUUCAACCACCAAUGACAAACGUCAACAUUGUCAACCAUUUUGGAGAACCGUUUAUCAAAUUCCAAAGAAACUUAUCGUAAUGCUUGUGGCUCCAGCACCGGGGCCUCCCGAAACGGAAGAGCCUGAGAAAAAUGAUGAGGACCUGGAGCCUUUACAGACCUUGCAACCCCAGCUGUUGCAGCCUUUGGAAGAUCAGACAAAGUCUACAGAAACCAUAGAACUCUCCGAAGCAGCAUCCGACUCCGGUCUCCAAGACUUAGUUACUGUGGAGAGACUGACGAUCACCAAGAAGGUGGCCAUGAAGCAGCUCCUGUCGCUGCAGAGUCAGCGGAGCCGGUACAUCAUCAAGGCGGCUGACAGCGCGCUAGCCUACUCCGUUCUGGAGGAAAACACCUGGUGGCUGGGCUUCCUCUGCUACGGCCUGCGCCCCUGCCAGCUCAAGAUCAUGAACAAGGCCGGAGACGAGAUCAUCAGGAUCCUGCGGCCCUUCGCCUUCACCACGAGGGUCACGCCGUGCCAGCUGCAGCGGAUGGAGGUAUACUCUCCCCCGGACAAAUUGAUCGGCACCAUUGAGCAGAUUUGGACCCCCAUGAAGCCGUGCUACUCCAUCAAGGGUCCUGAUGGAGAAGAACUCUUCUCCGUGCAAGGUCCUGCGAACACCCUGGGCAUCUACCGCGACCUGCACUUCGACAUCGUGCGGCCCGCGGGCGACCGGGUUGGUAGCACCUGGAAGCGGUGGAGGGGGCUCGCGCAUGCGCUGUUCCGGUCCCCCACGCUGGACAAGUUUGGCCUAGCGUUCCAACGAGACCUGUCGGUAGAAGAGAAGACGCUACUCCUGGCCAGUUCGCUACUCAUCGACUACAUGUACUACGACACAUAGACACACUCACUGUAGAGGAUACACCGCUACUCCAUACUAACCUAGUCCCCAUUUUCCUCUCUGCAUAUUAAGAGGAAAGGGGACGACCGAUUACCUAUACAAUCGUAGUCCCCAUUUACCUCUCUGGAUAUUAACACUAUGGAAAUCUUUUUACACAAUUUGAUGUAUAUGAACCAUAGCUAAGCCCCAUCGUAUGACUUUUUUCGAUUUUUUGGUUAUUAUGAGAAUUAGGAGCGAAAAACUUAUUCCAGACAAAUAUUUAAGUGCACUUUAUUCUUAUAAUAAUUAAAAAUUUGAAAAUAAUCAAACGCAUAGCUGUGGUUGAUAUACAACAAAUUAUGUCGAAAUAUUUUCAAUAAUAUUAAAAUAAUUCUAAGGAUUACACUCACGCAUUUUUAGUCACUCGCGCGACAUGUGACUAAAAAUACGUGAGUGUAAUCCUUAGAAUUAUUUUAAUGUUA